AUGCUCGUAGGAAAGUCAGUUCCCGAGCUCAUCUUUGUGCGGUCCAUUGUAAUCUUUUUCCAAUACCUCGGGCUGCUGUGUACCCUCUACUUUUGGUUCAUCUUCGCCAUCGCAGGCGUGCCAGGCAUCGCGCACCCCUUUUCCAUCCUUGUCGAAGUCGUCGGUGGUAUCGACAUCCUCUUUUACUUCUUCGUUUUCCUGCCCUUAAAAUCCCGCCUUCAAAGACCAGGUUUCGACGUCCAGACGCUCUCCCAGGCGGAGCGCAAGCAACUCUUCUAUAAGGGCCUAGACCACGCGCCGGACGUCGAGCAGUACAUCCGGAAAUGGCACAACAACGCCCAGAUCGGCGACAUCCGCAGGGAAAAUGUCAAGGACUGGUUGAUGUGGGCGUUAUUCGAUAAACAGGGCGAUCCGGGCGAGUUUGACGCCGAGCUCGAGGAGUACAUUACCGACGCCGAAGAACGUGCCGGGGUCACCAUCAAGAAAGGCUUUGGCGAUUCUGCCCCGAUUCGCCUCAGUUUCGAUCCCAUCAGCAUUAGACAUCGCAGCUGGAUUUUCUACCUGAUGAUUGGUUUCCUCGACUCCUUGGCGGGCGUUGCCCUCGCCAUCAUGGGCUUCACGUUCUACCGCGAACCCCGCAAGGCCUUCUUCUCCAGCUUCCCGCUGAGACCCCAGACGCUCUUCGCCCCCAACGAGUCCGCCAGCUCGCAGAUGAGCUACUACUGCCGCCCUCACACCUCCAAGACCCAGCGCCCCAUCCUCUUCGUCCACGGCGUUGGCAUCGGCCUCCUCACCUACGUCGUCUGGCUCUGGUCCAUCCCCAAGGACGUGGGUGUGCUCUGCGUCGAGGUCCUGCCCGUCUCCUCGCGGAUCUGUAAGCCGCUCCCCCCGACCGACGAGCUCGUCGCAAGCAUGGACGCGAUCAUCAAGCAGCAAAACUACGAGGACUUUGUCUUCGUGGGCAACUCCUUUGGAACCCUCUUCAUCGCCCCGCUGCUCAGGGUUCCCGACCUCGCCAGACGCAUCAACUCGGUCGUCCUGAUCGACCCCGUCUCUCUCCUCCUCCACCUCCCCGCAGUCGCCUACAACUUCACGCGGCGGACACCGAAAUGGGGCAACGAAUGGGAGAUUUGGUUCGUGGCCACGGACGCGCUGGUUGCGCAGACCCUGGCACGCCGCUUCCGCUGGCAGGACUUCAUCCUCUGGACGACCGACCUGCAAGGGAAGCGCACGAGCGUUGUGCUCGGCGGCGAGGACUGCGUAACGGACCCGGACGCCGUGGCAAGCUACGUGUACUACGGCGACCUCAACUACAGCCGCGCCGACAAGCACGAGUGGGCGACGACGCCGGCCAAGUGGUCCGGGGAGGGCGAGCUGGAGCUCAUGUACCUCGCGGGUAUGGACCACGGACAGGCGUUCCUGAGCAUCAAGCACAUGCCGCGGAUCGGCAACGUCGUGAUGGAGUACACGAAGCUAGACGGCCGCGCGGUAUCGAGACAAGCGGAGAUUGUAAAGGAGGAGGAACAGAACCAGAUUUAA